UUACCUCAGUGUUUUACAUCAAGCAAGAAGAGACUCCUGAUUACAUUGCCUGCAAAGCCAGAACUAUGGUUUUUAAUACUAAAGUGGUGGUUUUUCUUGUUCUUCUUGCCUGGGCAACAACAGAAUUUGCCUGGCAUGCAAAUGCACAUCAUGGUCAUGGCUGGGUUACAUCUGGAGGCUGCAGCUACAUAUAUAUCGGAAUCAAGAUGGACUGGGCGUCUGCUGAGCAACAUUGUCUGAAUCUUGGUGGAAACUUGGUCUCAAUACGCAACGAGGCUGAAUAUCAGCAUGUCAAGUCUGUUAUCCGUGCUCAUGACCCCAGUGAAAGUGAAACAUGGAUUGGCCUUUCUUGCUGUGAGAAGGAACGGAACUGGCUUUGGUCUGAUGGCACCAAAUUGACUUACACCAAAUGGAAUCCACAAGAACCAAAUUAUAUGCCUAGAGAGUGCUGUGCGCAUAUGAACUAUGGUUCCUGGAAGGACUGGAAUGACAUUCCAUGUGAUCAUCUUUAUGCCUUUGUUUGUGCCAAGAAAACAGUCUGAAAUUCACACAGCCUCACUAUGCUAACUGCAUUGCAAUGUUGGAAUUGUGUCAAAUUACUAUUAUUUUAGCAAAAUAAAAAUCU